GUUUUAAUCCCCGCCCUUGAUCAGACAAUCACAUCUGUGGCACUACCAACCAUCGUCAGUGAACUUGGUGGCCAGAAUGCGUACAGUUGGAUUGGGGCUGCGUAUUUACUUGCUUUUUCAACUAUCUACGGAAGGCUUUCUGACAUCAUAGGGCGCAAGCCAGUAUACUUCAUUGCCAUGACUUUCUUCAUGGUAGGAUCUGCUCUUGGUGGUGCCGCGCAAAGCUUUUUGUGGCUUGCGAUAGCUCGUGGCAUUCAAGGUGCCGGAGGUGGAGGACUGAUUCAGCUUAGCAUGAUCACAAUUGCCGAUAUAACUCCUUUGGAGAAACGUGGAUUUUAUAUUGGCUUGGUAGGAACGACUUGGGGUGUUGCCAGCGUUACUGGCCCCAUUGUCGGUGGCGCUUUGACGGAUCACGCUUCAUGGCGGUGGUGUUUCUGGAUGAAUCUUCCUGCAGGAGGCAUUCUGUCCUUGAUACUUCUAUUCUUGCUGAAGUUGAAACCAGUGCCAAGGCGUCCUUUUGGUCAGGUUGUCCGUCAGUUCGACUUUAUUGGACUGUCUCUGGUUAUCUCUGGGGUGGCUUGUUUCCUAGUGGGCCUUGAGGUCGGACAAGAUCACUGGUCAUCUGCCGCUGCCAUUGCUCUUAUCUGCAUUGGAGUAGUAUUAAUUAUGGGGUGCUGCCUCCAUGGGUUGUUCACCGAGCGUAUCCCUGUCUUGCCCUCCCGACUUUUUUGCACGAUGACCCCUGCAGCCGUACUGAUCUGUGCAUUUAUCCACGGUAUGGCGGUAUUUACGGGGAGCUACUACAUUCCUCUAUAUUUUCAAGUCUUGGGAUCGAGCGCCACAAUCGCCGGAAUCAAGACCAUGGCCUUCAGCCUUACGUCUUCGGUAUCGGGAGCGUUGGCCGGUAUUAUAUCCGUAAAGGCAGGGUAUCGACUGGUACUCUGGGUGUCUUGGGCAUUGAUAGCGGUUGGUUAUGGGCUGAUGAUACGACUCGAUAGCUCGACGAGCAUCCCUCUGCAGAUAGUAUAUAUAUUCAUUGCUGGAGUGGGAGUGGGAGGCGUAUUCCAAAUUCCUCUCAUUGCACUUCAUGCGAGCAUGCCCGUCAGCGAUAUUGCCAUGUCUACAUCUGCCUUCAUGCUUCUUCGGCUACUCGGAAGCGCUGUCGGUGUCUCCGUAGGCGAGGCAAUUUUCGUGACCGAAGUAAAAAAGCGCAUCUCUGCCAUAACCAACUAUAGCGUCGGAGACAGUAAUACCCUCACGGAUAAUUUGACUGGCCUACAUAACAUCCAGCCUAUCAGCACGCGCAACGAAGUCCUGCAUGCUUACAGCCGUAGCUUGUCGGUUAUCUGGUAUGUAUUGACACCUAUUGUCACAGUCGGUUUUCUGCUCUGUAAGUUCUUGGUGUCAUUUUCGGAAUGA